CAAAAUUCAACCCCCCCCCCCUCCCAAUUGAUCAAACAUGCCCAAGAACAUUCAGAAAUCCCUUCAUGACUACCUCUCCAAAAUCAAAACCUCUCCUCGGUCCCAAAUCCAUUUGCAUUUGCCCUCAAAGAAAUGGAUACUCAGAGGCUGCAAGCAUCCCAGAACCCCUUCUUUCUCCAUGGAUGACAAGAAAAUAGACAGACCAAAUUCUGGUAACAACAACAACAACAACAAGAACGAUGAUGAAGCUACGCUAGCCGACAUCGACCGUUUUCUCUUUGAGAAUUUCAGGACUCUGUACCUCGGAGACGACGAAAAAACCCACAACACCAAAAGGGUCUCCGAGGAAGAGAAUCAUGGGAAACCCCAAAACCCAGGUCCCACAUCGCUCGAAUUGUUACCACCGGAUCUCUCCGCUUUUUCUAGAAGGUUCUUCGUGACACGUGGCGCCUUCUCGGGAUCGCUGCUGGAAACAGGGUCGAGCAGCUCUGCCUCCACCACCGCACGCAACACCGACGACGAUUCGUCUCCAAAGGCGGCGGCGGCGGCGAUUCCCGAGAACUGCGUGGCGGUGCUGGCACCAUGCGCGAAGUGCCCCUAUGAGGAGUUCAAGAGAUCGAUGGAAGGCGUGGUGGAAGAGAGGUUCAGGAACGAUGAGAGCGUGGAUUGGGAUUUCAUGGAGGAGCUCUUGUCCUGUUACAUGAACAUGAAUGAGAAGAAACAGCACAAGUUCGUCCUCGCUGCUUUUGUAGACGUGAUCGCCGUCAUGCGCCGCCAGCCUCUGGCGAUUGCUCCGGCGAAGCCAAGGAGUGUGAGGACCAUGAGGAUUGGUAGGGAGAUCAGGAAGAAGACUAAGGAGGUGACAUUGGAAUUUGAGUCGUCGUGAAUUUAAGGAUUUUCAUGGCUCCUGCGAGGACGAGGUUGAAGAUCUUUUGAGAAAUUUCAAAUUUGAUCUUUCUUCUCCUUUUGUUUAUUUUUAUCUUUUUUUUUUAGUUAUCUAUAAACAACCCUAGCUAUAGUUUGGGUUAAUCAUCUUAGUGUUUGUUUGGUUUUCAGUUUGAAAGUGCUUUCACCAACGAAAGUCUAAAUACUCUUUCACGUUUGGGGCAUUGAAAUGUGUGAUCUUGAAUUUCAAUGUCUCAUGCAGACUUCCAAACUGAAAAUCAAACACAGCCUCUAAGUAGAACAACUUUUUCUUUAACUUUUAUCCUUACUAGCAUGCAAAUAAAACUUUGUGAUGUAAAUCACUCUUGAGGGGAACUUAACCCAUCAUAGUAGACCAUGAAUUAUAAAUAUACAAAAUAAAUUAUGAAA